AUGGAGAAAUAUCCGACUCCCGAAUCUCUGGUCGCAGCAGACAAAGAAGAGAUUGUUCCCAUUAUCAGACAUCUCGGUCUCCAGAAUCAGCGAGCCAGCACUUAUCAAAUGUACGCCAAGAUCUGGCUGGAGGAUCCUCCCACGAAGGGAAAGCGAUAUCUUGUUCGUGGGUAUCCGAAUCCAGAGGCUGGCCGAGAUGUGAAAAAGGGUGAGAUCUUGAGCGAUGAAGAUGAAAGACAUGCUUGGGAGAUUGGACACAUGACGCAAGGACCCUACGCCAUUGAUUCUUGGAGGAUUUUCUGUCGAGAUAAGCUCAGAAGCGAGGCCGAUGGAUGGAAUGGUGAGGGAAGGGGAGAGGGCUUCCAACCCGAAUGGAUGCGGGUUGUGCCCGAAGAUAAGGAGCUGAGAGCGUACUUGAGAUGGAUGUGGUUAAAGGAGGGAUUUGAGUGGGAUCCAUUCACGGGCGAUAAGGAAGUUGCUCGUCCCGAGCUCAUGAGAGCUGCGAUGGAGGGGCGAAUUGCUUGGGAUGAUCAGGGAGGCAUGAGGAUCCUUGAUGAACCUAUGAGUGCAAGUCCUUCAAAGUCGGAUAGUGAUGGGGACAAGUCACAGGUAUCGACGCCACGUGUGAGAUCUUCUACAGAUUUGGAGGAUGAGCUUGCAUAA